GGCGGGAGGGGCGGUGACGUCAGAUCCGGUGACCUGAAGCUGCCAUUUUUCUGGCUGGAGACUCAGCCUCUGAUAUGGCUUCCCGGAAAAAAGUUCUGCUCAAAGUCAUCAUUCUGGGCGAUUCUGGGGUAGGGAAGACGUCGCUAAUGAACCAAUAUGUCAACAGGAAGUUCAGCAACCAGUACAAGGCAACGAUUGGAUCAGACUUCCUCACCAAGGAGGUGAUGGUGGACGAUCGACUGGUCACCAUGCAGAUUUGGGACACAGCAGGUCAGGAGAGGUUCCAGUCCCUGGGAGUGGCCUUCUAUCGGGGCGCAGACUGCUGCGUACUGGUCUUCGAUGUCUGCACUCCCAACACCUUUAAGACACUGGACAGCUGGAGGGAUGAGUUCCUGAUCCAGGCCAGUCCGCGGGAUCCUGAGAACUUCCCCUUCGUGGUGCUGGGCAACAAGAUUGACCUGGACAAUCGGCAGGUACCCACCAAGCGGGCACUGGCCUGGUGUCAGAGCAAGAACAGUAUCCCGUACUUUGAGACCAGUGCCAAGGAGGCCAUCAAUGUUGAUCAAGCCUUCCAGACCAUUGCACGCAACGCACUCAAACAGGAGACGGAGGUUGAGCUAUACAGCGAGUUCCCCGAUCAGAUUAAACUGGACCAAAAUGACAAGCCUGUAGCGGCAGCUGACGGCUGUAAAUGUUGAACUGUUGGUGGGGGUGUGAGGGGACUGGUGGCGGAGGGAAGGAAGAAUCGGUGACACGCUCUGCGGUCCUGCACCAAGUCCUUCCCCGUCCACCAUCAAUCCCCCACACCCCCACCAAUCUGACCGGUGACCUGAAGAAGCCCCCCCUUCGCUCUCUCUCGUACAAGAGGGGAUUUCGAUUCCGGCGUACCCCUCCCUUUGGCUCGGGAGACGGAGCGUGGAAGUCAGGGACCAGAAACCUCGGUCAGCCUGAGCUACUCUGCAGCUGACCCACACAGUGGAAUCCUGCUCUUUUCCUGCUAUCCUGUACCCUGGCCUCAGGUCUCAGGGUCAAAGCUUUACCAGUGCUGGAGGACCCAUCAUCACCUUACUUCGAGACACCAACCCUGCCGACAUGAACAUCGCAUCUCACCAGAUAAACUGAUUUGCAUUCCUCUCUCCCCCAUCCUGGCUUUCACUUCAGCCAAGGGGCUGAUGUGUGUGUGGGGUGGGUGUGGGGAGAAGUGGAUUGGUGUGUGUGUGGGUGGUAGGG